CGGCGCCCGCGUAGACCGAUCGCCUGACGAAACGUCGCAGUGACGAGUCGCGACUUUGUAACCGAAUAACUUUUUCUUAUAAUUUUUUAAACUAUUUUGUAAAAGUGUGACUUCAAAUCGGGAAGAUGCUGGUCUGGAUAUGGCUGGGUUGCCUCGUGGCCGCACUGUUUCUGUACAUGUGGCAAGCUUACGGCUUCUUUAAAAGGAGAGGGGUGAAGACGCUGCCUAUCAUCCCGCCUUUCGGUACCAUAGCUGGCGUUUUGUUACAGCAAGAGCAUAUCAGCGUACAAGUUACUAGAGCUUAUAGAAAAUUUUCUGAUCAGAGGUUCUUCGGCCAAUUCCAGGUCACAAAGCCGAUAGUGCUGGUGAGAGACCUCGAGACGAUCAAAAAGAUUGUAGUGAAGGACUUCGAGCAUUUCCUUGAUCACAACACCUUCAUUAGAGAGGAGAAUGACCCGAUAUUUGGGAGGAAUCUCUUCUCUUUAAGAGGUCAGGAAUGGAAAGACAUGCGAUCGACUCUUAGUCCUGCUUUCACUAGUUCCAAAAUGAAGACGAUGCUGCCGUUGAUAGUAGAGGUUGGAGAUCAGAUGAUCCUCUCUCUUAACAAGAAAAUCGAGAACUCGAAACACGAUUCUUUGGAGGUUGAUGUGAAAGACCUAAUGACAAGAUACGCGAAUGACGUAAUUGCAUCUUGUGCCUUUGGCCUGAAGGUGAAUUCUCAUAUGGACAAGGACAACCAGUUUUAUGCAACGGGAAAAAUUGCUGCUGCCUUCGAUUUCAGAGCGAUACUCAUAAUCUUCGCGUUGAAUUCUUUUCCAACGUUGUCCAAAAUAUUCAAAUUUACUCUGUUCCCGGAGUCGGUACAGAACUUCUUCAGGACGCUGGUGACUGAGACGAUGCAGAACAGGGACCUUAAACAUAUAAUUCGGCCUGACAUGAUACAUCUGCUAAUGGAAGCUAAGAAAGGAAAACUGUCAUAUGACGAGAAAUCAAGUCACGACUCAGCCGGUUUUGCCACUGUCGAGGAGUCAUCUGUUGGUCAGAAGGCAAUCAACAGGGUAUGGUCUGACGACGACCUGUGUGCCCAAGCCGUCCUGUUCUUCGUUGCUGGUUUCGAGACCGUAUCCGCUGCCAUGUCCUUCCUUUUGUACGAGUUGGCUAUCAACCCUGACGUGCAAGAGAAACUGUACCAGGAAAUCAGAGAUAACGAGAACAAGAACCAUGGGACAUUUGAUUAUAAUUCUGUACAGAAUAUGGUAUAUAUGGACAUGGUGGUAUCAGAAACACUAAGGCACUGGGCGCCGGUAGCUACCCUGGACAGACACUGUACCAAAGACUACAACUUGGGCAAACCUAAUGACAAGGCUACUGAGGACUAUGUUAUCCGCAAAGGUGACUCCCUUCAGAUCCCGGUAUGGCCGAUCCACCAUGAUCCCGAGUACUACCCCAACCCGGACAAGUUCGACCCUGAGAGAUUCUCUGAAGAGAACAAACAUAAGAUCCGGCCUUUCACUUACAUGCCGUUCGGACUUGGACCAAGGAAUUGUAUCGGUUCAAGAUUCGCCCUCUGUGAAGUGAAAGUAAUGGCAUAUCAGCUCCUAAACUCCUUCGAAGUGUUGCCAUCGAAAAGAACGCCUAUACCCAUCACGUUGAGCCCCAGCACGUUCAGUUUGCGCGUAAAGGGUGGUCAUUGGAUGCUAUUUAAGCCACGGAAAGUGAUGUAAAUAAACGUGUAAAAAAAUAAGAUUCCAUAAGAAUUAUAAAGAGUGACAAAUGCACAUAAUGUCAAUUUUAUUAUCAUAGUCAUAAUAUUAUGUAAAUUAACGGAUAACUCAUCUAUUUCAGUCGAAUUUUUGUUGGAAUUAUUAGAACCAGUCCGUGGUACUUAUAAAAAAAAUCAUGAGCUUCCACGGCGGUGACUCGAUGAAAAUUGUUGUAACUGACCAGUUAUCGAACCCUC